ACCUGCCAUCCCUGUGAAAGCAGGAAAUACCACACAUUUCUCUCACUCACCUGCACACAAACAAGCACUCAGAGAAAUAAGAUGCCUAACUGCAAUGCUGAGUGAUUUACCAUUACAGCCAACAGCAUUUAGUACAGCACCGCAGACAACUCCACAUCAUGUUGUCAAAUUCCCAAAAAUACAUAAAGGACACGAUUGGUCCAAGCGAUUAGGGAAUUAACCCUCUGGUGCAUUUUGCGUGGCGGUCAAAAAUGACAGAUUUUUUUUUUAUUUAAAUGAAAUGAAUAUACCAUAUUUUAGUUUGAUUAUGUAUUUUUAAUAUAUAUUUUUUAUAGUACUAAAUUGUAUUUAUUCAGUAGUUAUAAUCCAUUCACUUUUUGAGCAUAGACCUGAAAAUAAUUCCAACUUACAUCUGUGCUCCAAAGCAUUCAAGUUUUAUGACAGUUUAAGUUUGGUCUCUUUUUAAAGACGACACUUGCCAGAUUAAAUCUGAAGUGAAAAAAGUGAACCUAAAAAAAGUUAUGAAAAAUGCACAAAAAUACUAUUUUCAAUUUAAUGUAUAUUUCCCAAAACAGGUUUUAAUCUAAAACUGCAAGAAAAUCAAAGCCAUAAAAAACAAGUUGUUCCAAAUAUGAGCUUGAUACCUCAAAAAAUUAGCUUUCAGUAAGAUUUUGUUUGGGUGCAGUACCAAAAGUUUCCACUAGAUAAAAUUAAUUUCCAUUAAUUUCCAAUGCGGUUGUUUUUGACAGAGAGGUGUACAAGUGUGACUAUCUUUUUCAGGACCAUUUAACCUUUUUGAAUCAUGUCCAUCAUCAUGAUUUUUGUGUGUGUGUUCACAUAGCAGGUGCCAAAAACUUUACCAAGUUUCGUACCAUUCCGGUGAAGUAAAAAAAAACCUAAUAUUUUUCAGUCAAAAAUGACCGAAGGGCACCAGAGGGUUAUAUUGUUAUAACUGUAUUUUGCUGUAAAUGGCUAUACUGUCGAGUCAACAUAUGUAAAUACAAGUAAACAAUGUACAUAUAUGAUGUUGUCUCAAUUGCCCAAAUUAUUCCUAAAACAUGCUAUAUUUUUAAAACCGAAAUUAUAGUCCUUUACUAUUAUUUUAGAAUAGAAAUAAACUAUUGUUGUACUAUGACACUGAUAAAUGAAGACCACUAGAGUUUGAGUGAAAGCCAUUUUUCCUCGUGUGUACUUGUGGGAAAUUUGUUUCAUUGGCAUGUCAAAGUCUGCCCCAUGUGUCGUUAUUCAUGGGCAUUUCCUACUGACGCACUUUCUAGCCGAGUUAAUGAUGCCCCUGUCACUAUAUUUUGGGCUUAAUAAGUACCCUGGUCUCUGCUAUCCUCAGUGCACUACGUUUGAAAUGAGAUGAGUAACUCUGUGUGAAAUUAUCCCUUUUAGCCCUGAAUCUUCACUCAAGUUUCAUUACUCAGUUUACCAGGGUGCCCACUCAUUAGAAGUGAAUUGAAUUAAAGGCUGUUAAUGAAUGUUCUGCUUCUGACAGCAUUUCUUGUGGUAAAAAGGCAAUGCCAUUGAGAGGACGGCAUGAAGCACUGGAUAACUAUGCCAGCACUGUGCAGCAUUCAGUUUCUCUAGAAGGCACAAGUUAUUUCUCUCAGGCUUGAGCAGAUAAUUGGAUACCCUGCAGGUACACAAAGAUGAAGACAGCUACCAACAUUUACAUCUUUAAUCUAGCUUUGGCCGAUGCAUUAGCCACCAGUACUCUGCCCUUCCAGAGUGCCAAAUACCUCAUGAGUACCUGGCCAUUUGGUGAGCUCUUGUGUAAAGUGGUCAUUGCUAUUGACUACUACAACAUGUUUACCAGUAUUUUCACAUUGACGAUGAUGAGUGUGGACCGUUACAUUGCCGUGUGCCACCCAGUGAGAGCCCUGGACUUCCGCACACCCGUCAAAGCAAAGAUCAUCAACAUCUGCAUAUGGAUUCUCUCCUCUGCUGUCGGCUUCCCAGUCAUGGUUAUGGCCGUUACAGUGACAGACACAGGCAAAACGGUCUGCAUGUUGAAAUUCCCAGGCCCAGAUCCACAGUAUUGGGAUACUGUGACCAAGAUCUGUGUUUUCAUUUUCGCCUUUGUGGUUCCCGUUUUGGUCAUCUCCAUCUGUUACGGCCUGAUGAUCCUUCGCCUUAAGAGUGUGCGCUUGCUGUCCGGCUCCAAAGAGAAGGACAGGAACCUCCGGCGCAUCACCCGCAUGGUAUUGGUGGUGGUGGCAGCCUUCAUCAUCUGCUGGACCCCCAUCCAUAUCUUCAUCAUUGUCAAGACUGUGGUGGAGAUCGACCACAAGAAUCUGCUCGUGGUCGCCUGCUGGCAUCUGUGUAUUGCUCUUGGCUACAUGAACAGCAGCCUCAACCCGGUCUUGUAUGCAUUCUUGGAUGAAAACUUCAAGAGGUGCUUCAGAGAAUUCUGCCUGCCCUUUCGUUCCCGCAUGGAGCACAGCAGCUUUUCCAGAGCCCGUAGCGCCACGAGAGAGCCCAUCUCGGUGUGCGCCAAGUCUGAUUCAAUGAAGCAGCCCACAUGACUAGACCUGGACCAGAUGCCUCCUGGUACACUACCAAGGACACAGAAAGACCUGCAGUCUGAGGUCACCCAGAUCUCCACCACUGAGUUUUAAACUCCUCUUAGGUUAAUAAAAGUUGACGACAAGCUCAUAUACCGAAAGGCAAAAUCCUUGUUUUAUUAGUCAUCUUUUUUUCCUACGUUUCUUGACUUACUACGUGAUGGGAAAUGUGAUGGAUAGCUCUAAAAUAAUCAGCAAAAAUUAUGAGAUGAUUUGGACCAUCAAGAUUCUAAUCAUGCAUUGGAAAAGACAUCAAAUAUGUGGCCUUGAAUGGUCAACAGGAAAUGCAUACAUUCAUUAGUGGUAUAUGAGCCAUCAAAGUGGAUUCCCGUAAUCAGAUUUUAAAAUAAAAGUGAAUGCAUUUCCCUGGGAUUUGUGGGAUCUUGUUAUUGAAUUACAUUAUUACUGGGGUCAAACGAUGCACUGAAUACAAAAAAAAAUUCUAAUACAACAAAAUAAGCUGUAAGAUGGAUAUUUCAAGACAAACUUGCUAGUUUUUCAAAGAGCGAUGAAAAUGUACAGAGGUCUUUUGCCACUCCAUAAUAAGAGGAUUUCAUUAAACCUGAAGAUAAAGAUAUAUGGAGAAAGAGAGGCGUCGGAUACAGAGAAUGGACCAAAAUUUCAUCCUAAGGUUUGCUGAAAAGAUUUGCAAGGAUGACAGAGUACUUCCCUCAGGAUGGCUGUUAAAAUACACUGUUACAUAAACUCUCGACACAUUCAUUUCAUGGUGCUUGAUAAGGUGUAAUUUUGUGCUACUAGUGAAGGUGUUUGAUAACCUUUGACUAUGAAGUGCACAGUGUUUAGACAUUCUGACUCUAUCACAAAGGGACACUUAGAUAUUUUCUUUGUAGUUCUUUGUUAUGAAGUAUUUAGUGCAACAAUUCUUGCAUUUCAUUGCCAUUAGUACAGAAUGGUUGUUUUUUGACCUUCUUUAAAUCCCAAAGUCGAAGUGACAUUUAACGAUUCAUUUUGUAAUAUUAGCAUUUCAUUCUAAAUGUCAGCUUUGCUGUAAAAGGAGAGUUUAGUUUCUUGAGCUGUUAUAAACAAACCUUUUCCAGUCAGGAAUGUGUUUAUGUAUUAGCAGUGAGUAUUGCUUUUCUGUAGAACCUGUAUGUACUUUUGUGAAACUGUUGCAUAUUUCCUCAUGAAUCUAUUUUUUAUGGUUUUAUUGCACAGUAUUUAGACGUCACCAAUUAUCUUAACCGUCAAUGUCUAUAUUGUGAAAGCUAAAGUAGCCUAUUAAAAUUUGUUGCAUGGGUGUUGGGAAAAA